AUGCAGAAUGAGGGCAAUGCUGAACCGGAGGCCAGGGAGUUACCCGAACAUUAUGUAGUAUCGCGUUAUAUUGAUAACCCGUAUUUGAUUGGUGGGAGAAAAUUCGAUUUGCGUGUUUACGUGCUCGUUACUUCCGUACGUCUCUUUCUCUUCCACAGUUUUAAAACUUGGGGCUUUUGUAUGCCCUCGUAUACUCUUAAUUUUAACACCAUCGCAACUGCUAUUAGGAUCGUGAUGAUUAAUGUCUCAUUUGCUCUGCAAAUGCAUGAUGUCCAUUUGACUAACGUUGCAAUUCAGAAAACAGCACCCGAUUAUGAUGCGAUGAAGGGCUGCAAGUGGUCAAUUUGUCGCCUUCGGCGCUAUAUGUUGGCCAAACACGGAUAUGAAAAGGUGACCAAACUCUUUCGAGAGAUCAAUGCGAUUUUCAUUGUGAGCUUAUUGAGUGUCCAGAAGGUAAUGAUCAGUGACAAGCACUGUUUUGAGCUCUACGGCUACGACAUCCUUGUAGACAAUACUCUCAAACCGUGGCUCCUUGAAAUAAACGCCUCACCAUCUUUGACUGCAAGCUCAAACGAAGAUUACGCCUUAAAAGUAAUGCGUGAGCUUCUGUAUCUUACCACUCCUCUGAAAUACGAAAUUGUCAAGUUAUUGAGUGACACAUUGGAUGUUGUUGACAUGGAGGGUCGACUAAGUGGAGCUGAGCGGCGCAUAGGCGACUUUGAUUGCGUAUGGAAUGGCGGUCCUGUCGCACCAAUUUCCAACGCUUCCAAAACACUCAUCAGUGAAUUGCAGGACGGAGUAAACCAUUUUGUGUCAACGAGCCUGCAGCUUCCGCACCAGAUUCGUAACCUCCAACAGGGACCGUCCGGAACCUCAACCAGCAACCGCGGUCAGCAAAAUGCUGGCAAGAAAGCCUUGGGAGAUUGGCUUCUACUGUCUCCUCUCAAUUCCGAUGAAUUGUUUUACCUAUCAAACACACCCCGCACUUCGGCGCGAUUGGUCGUUUGCUUACGUGCAUCAGAAAGGAUGUCCGGUGAGGUUGUGUCUCCCACCUCUGUAAUGGCUGAGUAUGCCUGCAAUCUUGAGAAAAAGCAAAGAAAUCUUCUUAAGCGCAAGGCAAGAUUGGAAUCCUACAAGGAGACCUUACGCAAUGGAGGUUAUCUCACUUGCGAUCAAGAGAAGGCGGUUGCUGAAUAUGAUUCUGUUUGCCAGCAGGUUGAUGCUUUAAAAGAAACUGCUGAUGUAAUCACUGAGAUGCAAGUUAAGGUUGAUCUUGUUGUGAAGGAGAAUGAGAUACGAAUGAGUGCCUUGCGUGAGAAGUAUACCAUUGAUGCAUUUCGGAAGAUUUGUCCAUUCUUGGAACUUCUUCUAAAGCUCCAAUUGCCUGCUGUGAAGGCAGCUGUUACCAAGGUUUCUUCGCCAAACCAUCUGAAAGCGUUAGAAAAUGCGUCAAAAAUCCUCAUUUUUCGCCCGCCUAUCGGUUUUAAAAUUGACGAAAUUGACUCUUCAAAUGUUUUCAAGCGGUCUGCAGAAUUUUUGUUUAAACUAGCGAGUGGUGCGCAGGCAUCUGCAAACGGUAGAGCUGGAAAGGCGCGUUCCGUAACCUUUGCAGAAUUGCGACAAAUUUGCCUAGAUCUUCUCUCAGAUGAAGUCGUUCGAUCUGCGCUUGCUUCACCUUUAGGUGACAUACGCAAAGAUAAACUCGAACCUGAGCGUUCUAAUUUACCUGAGGGUGGUCAGUCUGCGAAAUCUCAAAGCGAAUCCGUUUGCAAUGUCGGCACGUCAGCAGUGCCUGAAAACUCCUCUUCCUCGACUGCAGCAUGUUUGCCAGCUGAAGCCAUUCUCAACAGUGUCAUCGAUCCACUCAAAUCUAACUUCAACUUUCUCCAGGUGAGUUAUUUUCUCUUACUGUCGUUCCUCACGUAA